AUAGUGUAUGGCGUGCGCUGUUUUCGUCGACAGUCUGCUCAUUGCUCAGAUCUCCUCGGUGUGUGCAGUUUCAGUCUGUUCAGUGAUUUUUCGGAGUACGGUUCGCGUUUUAUUUCGCGAGGUGACGACGUGUGCGAGUAGCAAGAGCAGAAAAGUAACACCCUAAAUACGGACACUACAUACGUGAAGAAAAAAGUACAACACACGGCCAGAGUACAUUGAGCCACAUAACAUACAUAUCGCGAGGCGGGACGACCAGCGUUAAUAUUCAUCGAAUAAGUGAGAGGUGAUUUUCCGCCGUAUCCCAUACUCAUUCCAUAUUUCGACGAGCAGUGCGAAACGAAAGUGGUCAGUGUGCAACGCGCAAUGGUGAAAAUCUGAAGCAUUAAAUAAAUUUCGACCCUGUGCCUAUAUUGCAUUGAAUUGGAUAUGGUGCAGAAAAUGUAAAUGAAUUCAGCUCUCACCGCGACCUACCAAACCAACAGAGCAGCAGAGUGGCGAUUGUGAGCAAUAAUACAUCAUGAAGGAAGGAAUGAAAGUAGUGUGCUGUUGAUCAAUCAAUUGUAGGAAACGAAGAAAAUGAUGGUGUUGUUCAGCAGUGAUUGCAAUUUACGUGUCCAAGGAAUGUCUACUUUCAAUUGAAAGUUCGCUGAAUUGCCAGAAGUGUUACCGUUUGUAGUCGUCUACUAAGUGUUGCGUUAUAGAUAAGCACGACGACGGUUGUAGAUAACGCACGUAAACUGACCAAACUGUUUCAAAGGGGGCUGCAACGAUGACGAUAAGUGCUCCGAUAAGAUCGGCCUAGCCAAGAAUUUUCUGUUUAUUUUAGAUAAACCCGUUGCAUCUCAAUCGAGCUCCUGUCUAGUUCCGACAGCCAUGGCGACCUCACCAACUUCAACAAACACCUCGAACUCGGUUUCGCUGAACCGGCAGUCGAGUAAAAAUGCCGACACGAUAUCCCUCUGUUCGACCACCAGUGCCUUCUCGACGUGCCCCGAUCGACAUGGAUUCUACGGUGGCAGUCAGUUUUCGGAGAAACCCGCAAAGGAGACGCUCACCCGGGAGCAGAUAAUUGCGCGCGAAAAGAAGUGGCUGCACAUGACCAAGCACUGGCAGGAGUAUAUGAAUAAAAACUAUAAAAAGCUUCGGGAGCGAUGUCGCAAAGGUAUCCCACAGGCCGUUCGUCCUCGGGCGUGGUUCUACCUCACCGGGGCCUACCAGCUGCAUCAGAAGUAUCCGAACCUAUACAAUGAGUUGCUCCGACAGCCGGGCAAUGCGCAGAUAAUCGACGAGAUUAAGAAAGACCAGCACCGGCAGUUUCCGCAUCACGAGAUGUUCAUCGAUGAGGAGAAACCCGGUCAGAAGGAGCUGUUCAAUGUGUUGAAGGCGUACUCGAUACACAAUCCCAAAGUAGGUUACUGCCAGGCCCAAGCGCCGAUCGCUGCCUUUCUACUAAUGCAUUUGCCGAGCGAGCAAGCCUUCUGGUGCUUUGUUACUAUCUGCGAUAAAUAUCUCAAGGACUACUUCACCCCUGGUCUCGAAAUGCUCCAACGUGAUGCCGGCAUGCUGAAUGGUCUACUUAAGAAAACCUCACCAUCCGUGUAUCGACACCUUCAGAAGCACAAAGUGGACCCGCUGCUCUACAUGACCGAUUGGUUCUUGUGUGCAUUGACCCGAACGUUGCCCUGGGACACCCUUCUACGGGUGUGGGAUUGCUUCCUGUGCGAGGGUAUCAAAAUCCUGUUCAAAGUCGCCCUCGUCAUACUGGGAGCCAGUCUCAGCUCGCACAAAGUCCGCAAACAGGCGAACGGACUCUGCGAAACGCUUGAAGUGCUACGAUCACCGCCGAAGAAGUACCUCGAGGCGGACUUUGUGAUGCACCACAUUUUCCGACUGAACAUCACCGUAGAAGAUUUCAUCCAUGAGCACAAGAAGCAAGAACUGCUGCACCGGAAGGCGAAGGUUUCCUAGGGACGAGCCGGCCCGCCACCGGGCCCCGGCGGCAACCCAACGCAGGACGGAGCACGAUCGCGGUGAGCGCCUCGUCGUGGGCUCUUCCACUCUAGUCUUGUACGGUGCGUGCGCGGUGUAUCCGUGGAAGAUCGGUACGAGACUCGGCUCGGCGCCGUAGCAGACGUCCUUGCGGGAACCCUAGGUACUAGGUUUACUUUGGUAAGGUGUUAUUACUCUGAACUCGUAGUAUUAUAUACAAAACUUAAGCGACUUGGUUCUCAGUUGAAUCAGAACGCUUUCAAAAUUACCAUCUUAAUCAGAAUGAUUUCCUUAUAUAUAGUUAAAUGCGGAUGGAUGUAGAUUGUUUUUUGAAAUAAAUGAAUUUGUCAAACUGAACCUCACUGCGAUUCUAAUAAGGAAUACAUCUGCAAUGCAGUCGAUAAUAUAUUAUAUUGGAACAAAUGGAGAGAAAAGUUAAGUACCUAUCGUACACUACUGGUUGCUAUAAAAUUGCUUUUAUGCCGUCGCGAGUGGUGAGGUGUAGAGUUGAUAUUCUAAUCUAAUCUGGCGUAGCUAGUGAAUCACAUGAUUUGUGAAUCUGGCAAUCUGACAUACAAUUCAAAUCCAAUAAUCAUUAAUCGCAUUCUUAUGGUGUAACAAACGGCAUCAUUGGUCUAAUUGAGACCAUCACAGUUCUUGAUCAUCGCAAUCUAGUAAAAGUUUACAUGCAUAAUCAAGUCACUACUAAGUGAUAGGAACUGCCAUUGAAGAAUUCAGCAUUAAAUGGUGUCUAUAGAAAAUACGAAAAUAACCACACCUUGAACGUUCAAGACACGAAAAUGCCAUUCACCAUUCGCAAUGCAUUCCACAGCAGUGAAGUUGAGAAUUCUUACUUUUUCAAAAAAAAAACUGAGAAAACAUUAAAGAUAUUAUUUCAAAGUAUCUUAUUAAAUACAAUUGAAUAAAACGUUUGCAAUUGUAAUGGCAUAAGCACCUUAUUGUUAUUUUUGUUAUUUUGAAAAGUAAAGUGAGCAUUCUUAUAUUCUAAUCUAUAGCUACGUCUGUUUCAUUGUCAUAUAUUGCGAAUCUAUUUUAACGCAGUUUUAUUUGUUCUUAGAAUCGCAUUUCGAGCUACAUUCUAAACAUAGGAAGAAGGCAAAUCCAACUUUAAGAAAUCUAUUUAUAGAACGAAAACAAACACUAUCGACAAAUCGAACAUUUAGCAAGAAUAGAGGAGAAUCAUACGAAAAGAAGUACAACUGUAAUUUAGUUUGGAAUGCCUAUCGACUAGUUAAAAAAAUAGAUAAAACUAAUGUACAAAGCAAAGUCCAAUCCAUCGCUCUUUGAACAUUCUAAAAUGCGUAUCAUUCGAAAACUACUAAAGGGGCUACCGAUCGUUGAAGCAUUUCGCCAGUUCCCAUUAUCAUUAAGUUCUGGUGUUCUUUAUAGAAAGAAUUCUGCAAGCAGCUUCGCGUUAUAAAUUAGACGAUU